AUGGCGCGCGCCCGUCGCGCAUCGCCGCCUCCAACCUGCGCCAUCCUUCGCUCGUCGUCGCGCGCCGUGCGCCUGCUACUGCUCGUCGCCCUCCUCGCCCCCUCCGCAGCUUCCGCGUCGCAUCCACCCGACGGCGGCGAUGCCUCCCACUCGAGCAUUGCUGCCGCCGCCGCCGCCGCAGCCGCCGCGGAUGGUGGCGUGGCGGACGCGGGCAUGGGAUUGGGGAUAGCGGAUCAGUUUGUGUCCACUGAAGAUCUCCCAGCGGCGAAUGUGGCGACAGAUGCGGCGGCCAAUGCGGCGAGAGACGCGGCGACGGACGCGGCGGGGCAGGCAGAGUUCGAUCCUAGAUUGGCGGGAGUAGAGGAGGAGGAGCGAUUGGUGGACGAGCUGCUGACGUGGCUGGAGGAGAGAGGCGUGACUGGGAUCCGAGGGGAGGAGGCGGCAGUGGAGGUGGUCAUUGACGCCAACACCUCUCUCAAGGCGUCCGGCCGGUCAAGGGCGAAUCUGUGCAUGGUGGCGCGGCGCCUCAUCGCGGAGGGCGAGGUGUUUCUGUCGCUGCCUCGCUCGCUCGCCGUCUCGGCCCUUCAAGCGCAGGAGGACGCAAAGCCGUACGAGGGAGAGGUGCACCCGUUCACGGCGCUGGCGGCGUGGGUGCUGAGGGAGCGGGGCAAGGGGCGCGCGUCCCUGUGGGCGCCCUUCGUGCGCCUGCUGCCCGCCCACCUGCCCUUCCCCCACCUCUUCCGCCCCCAGCUCGUGCCCGAGCUGCAGUAUGACGUCAUGCUGGCCGAGGUCACGGAACAUAAGAAGGCGCUCCUGCAAGAGUACAACAAGUGCCGCCCAGAGGCCAUCGCCAACGCCACCCAGGAGGAGUUCUUCUGGGCGGCAGGGAUCGUCACUUCCCGCAUGUUUGCGCUGAGGCCUGCUGCAGCAGCAGAGGCAGAGGACAAGGGGAAGGAGGGGGAGGGGCAGGGCGAGGAGGAGCGGCAGGAGGCGGAUAUAUCGCUGGUGCCGUAUGGGGACCUGUUUGACACAGAUGACGUCCCCAUCGCCAUCUGGCAGGACACGGGCAGCAGCAUAGAGUUCAUGGCACUGACGGACAUCCCAGCGGGGCAGCACGUGUCGCUGCACUACGGGGAGCUGAGCAACGAUGAGGCGCUGGUGAUGCGCGCCAUGGUGGUGGGCGGCAACUACCGCGACCACUUGCACCUCUUCUCCUCGCCGCAGGACGCCCUUCGCUACCACGUUGACAAGUUCCUGCGCGGCUACGGGCACACGCUGGAGCAGACGCCUCUGCAGGGCACAUUUGAGCGCGUGGAGGCGGAGCUGCAGAAGCAGGCGGCAGCAGCGCAGUACGAGGGAGUGGCGCAGCGCUUUGAGUACCGCAUGGCGCCCGGCAGCCCCCUCUCCGCGUGGUUCGGUGGUCGCUUUGACCCGCGCCUGCUGGGCAUCUUCACUGCUCUGCACGCCCUUGUUGUCAACAACCGCAAGCCGGACCUAAGCCAGGUGGCACAGGUGUCGCUGCUGUACGGGUGGAUGAAGGACCCCAAGACCACCUGCGAUGAUCUGGCGCGCCUCGUGGACGAUGACGUGUCGGAUGCGGUGCCGCCAGCUGGCAACGUGCUAGUGGAGCGGGGGCAGCAGCUGCUCAAGGAGUUCCCAACGACCCUGGGGGAGGAUCUGCAGCUGUGGCACCAGUGUGGUGCGGAGUAUGUGAGGGAACUGGGCGAGUGGGAGGUGAUUCUGAGGUAUCGCAUGAUGAAGAAGUAUAUUCUGCGGCAUCUUGUGGGCCGCCUCCUGCACACCUGUGAAAAUUAA